AGCGUUGCUAGCCUUGUUUGGGUCAAAUUUGGAUUGUACAAAACACGUUUUUUUGAGGAGACAAAUUGAAUCAAGGUAAAAUAUAAAGCAAUGGUCCAGCCUCAGCCUGACGGUCCCAUGCACUGGGACAUGUCUGCAGAGGACAGUGGAGGAGCUCUGAGGGUUCCCCCGGAGCUCGCUGCCAAUGAGGUGGUGACCCGGCUCCUGUGUGACAACCAGCAGCUCCGAGAGGCGUUGCGGCGCAGUAAUCUGGCCCUCCGUCAGCGCUGUGAGGAGAUGGAGGGAUGGCAGAGGAAGACCAAAGAGGAGAGAGAGUUUCUGAGCUGCAGGUUUCAGGAGGCGCGGGCUUUAGUGGAGAGACUGGCUCAGGAGAAUCAUUCUUUACAGAGUCUCGUGAACGCACCGUCAUCCGGCUCUGGUCACCGCUGCAGCUCUAGCCAGACCGAGGAGCAAAGGGCCAGCAACGGACCUCUGGAACCACCACAGACUUUAGAUUCACGAGAGAGGAAGAGAGUAGAGGAACUGGAUCGCCAGACUCAGACUACACCUCCACGCAGCCUGCCUGUGGAAGGCACAAAGGACGUCCUCCAGUUCCUGAAAAGCCACAAAGAGAAGCUGGAAGAAGAGAUGAGAGAUCUGAAGAGGAAGAACGAAGAGAUGGAGCGAGUGAGGGAAGAGGGAGAUAAAGAGAAAGAAAGGAUGAGGAGGUUUAUUGACCAGCUGAGAGGAAAACUGGCCCUGGCACAGCAAAGUAAUAAUCUGUCGGAGGAGUCCCACCCGCAUCGCUCUGAGGCGCAGCACUCUUCAGACUGGUACAGAGAACUGGAGGAGAAGCUGGAUUAUUUACAGAAAAGUUCAGCUCAAAGAGACAAAACGGAAGCUCUGCUCAAACAGAAGGACAAAGACUGUGCUCAGUUGGCCAAAGACUGUGAGAAUCUGAAGGCCCAGGUCACAUCUCUCCUGGGGGAGCUGAACGAGAGGCAGACCUGGCUGGACAAGAGCGAACACGAGCGCAAAGUCCUAGAGGAAAAGCUAUGCAGUAAGCAGAAAGCCCUGCAGGGGGCAGAGCGGGAGCUGGAGCAGCAGAAGAAACAAUAUCAGCUGGCCAUGGACAAACUUCUGCUACAAACUCAGAGUCUAGAGCAGGCUCUGAAGGCAGAGAGACUCGUGGUGACAGAGGAGAAGAAAAAACUGACACAACUGCAGCAUGCGUACACCUGUCUGUUCAGAGAUUAUGACUCUAAAUUCAAGAAUGAGGGGGGAGAUCUGUGCUCGCGUUUGGAGGAGGCAGAGCGGGCUCUGGCUCUGAAACAAGAUCUGAUCGACAAACUGAAGGAGGAAGUGGAACAACAGAAGGGAUCAUUAGAGACUAUCCCUGUCCUCACUGCACAGGCAGAAAUCUAUAAAGCGGACUUCUUGGCCGAGCGAGAGGCACGAGAGAAACUGAACCAGAAGAAGGAGGAGCUGCAGGACCAGCUGAACCAGGCUCUGGGAGAGAUCGAGCGGCUCAAACAGGAUGCCAAGUCACGAGCACGGAUUGAAGUGAUGAAGCUGAGACACUUGGAUGAUUUUCCCCCUCGGGCGCCGCACAUUCCUCAGGCUCCAGGCGGGUUCCCCCCGUUCCACACGGCCCCUCCCCCCUCGUCGUUCCGUGGUCAGGGUGUUGCCGUGGGUGACCAGGCGUCGGCGUCAGAGGACAUUCCUGACCUCUGCUGCCCCAAGUGCAAGUACCAGGCUCCGGACAUGGACACACUGCAGAUACACGUCAUGGACUGUAUCACAUUUUAACCACAUUCAAAUAAAACUCAAACACCAAUCACCCCUUACCCCAGCGAAUACCACGAAUACGACAAUGAAAUCAUGAGAAAUACUGCGCUCUCUGCUCACGCGGCCCCCUGCUGGAUUAAACCCAGACUAGGACUAAAGCAGGACUAGACCAAGACUAGGACUAAAGCAGGACUAAACCAAGAAUGGGGUUAUAGUUAGGGCACACUUUCUUAUCCCCGUAAGGAAAUAUGUCCUCUACAUUUGACCCAUUCUCCAGUGUCUGUGGGUUAAACCUGUUAGGAGCAGUGGGUCUCUACACAGAGAGCGAAUAAGUCAGGACUGAACAGGACUAAACCAGGACUAAACCUGGACUACACCAGGACUACACAAGAACUAAACCAGGACUGAAGCAGGACUACACCAGGACUACAUCAGAACUAAACCAGGGACUAAAUCUAGUAUAAAUUAAGAAAUAUUAAAAACCCAUACAACUGCAAUAGUCCUGGGCCUAAUAAACCAGGACUCGACCAGGACCAGACCAGGACUAAAGGUGCCCUGGUUUAAGUCCAAUUUAGUUUUCGUGUAGAAUUGGUUCGGUCCUGUUAUAGUCCCAGGUUUAGUCCCAGGUUAAUUCCAAUUGUGUUGAAUGUGAAGAGUGAACUGUCAAAAGACCCUAAAACAACUAGACCAGGGCUAAACCAGGGAUUAAACCAAAAAAAAUGUGUAAAUUAAGUAUGUAUGCCUUAAAACGGAGAGAAUAGACAACAACGCCAUGAAAAUUCAAGUUUAAAAACUACUUAAAAACUUUUAAACAUGCUUUUCUCAGAUGCUGUGGCUGGCCGUGUUAGCUGAGGGCGUUGUACAAAAACUUGCUUUAUGUUUGGUAUCUGGCAUCUCCCAUAAAUGACAUGUCAAUACAGACGAUCAGUUCAUUUUACCAAAUACCUGUGUGUCAGAUGCCUUCCCAUCCUCCUGUAUCCCUGUGUGUCAGUCAGAUGCCCUCUCAUCCUGUGUGUCUGGUACCCUCCCUGUGUGCUAGAUGCCAUCCCAUCCUCCUAUAUCCGUGGAUUAGAUGCCCUCUGCUUCUCCUAUGUCCAUGUGUGUCAGAUGCCCUGCCGUCCUCCCCCUGUACCCCUGUGUGCCAGAAGCCCUCCCAUCCUCCUAUAUCGCUGUGUCAGAUGCCCUCUCUGUGGGUCAGAUGCCCUCCCAUCCUCCUGUGUCCCUGUAGUGUUAGACUGAGAUGGGGGCAGGUCAAAUGUCUCUAGUUACUCUGCAGAUGUUGUGGUGUGUCAGAUGCCCUCCCAGAUGUUGGUGGUGUGGUUGGAGAAUGGACCUUGGACAUUGUAAAAUCAGUAUUUUUCAUUUCUCUUCUUCCUGGGUCACUUUAUCGAUGCAGUUUUGUAGAAAUUAAAGACUCUCUGUGUGUAGUGAACGUAAUUAUGGACAGCCUCAUUUAAAUCAAUAGUUUGUGUUCACUUUCAUUUUAAAGAAUUAGUUCAACCUGAGCUGGAGGUCAGAGGUCAGACGUCACAGGUGGAAUUUGCUGUAUAACUGUCAGAUUACAACUGUGUGGACCUGGUUUAUCUCUGUAAUUACUGGGCCUAUCCACAGGAAAACAAAAACUGGCACAAAAUUCAAACAAAAAUCUAAAUAUUUUUACACAAAUAGCUUAAAAUCCUGGUUGUACUCUUCUAACGCACUGAUGUGAUUGAUGACAGUAUGUUAUUAUGUUAUUUCUUUCCCUGGAUUGUUCCGCAGUAUAGCAUUAAACAUAACAAUAACAGGUAAAAGGUGUGUUAUUGUUCAGAAAAACUUUGAAAAACACGUAGUCUUACUGCGAGUGGACGUGCCUCUCCACAGAUCAUACCUGUAUCUUGCUGUUCAGAUACGUAGCUUGUCUCUAUGAUGACAGCAAGAAAGAUCAGUCUAAUGCUAUGCUGUGGAAUAUUCCAGGCAAAGCAAUAAAAUCUCCACUCAAAAUGUUACAUAGUAUACCUUUUAGGCCAAAAAAUGGAUAUGGUAAAUUUGUUAAGAUAAUUAAAAGGCAUUUAGUUUUCAUUUGUGUAGUUUAAAGAGGGGGUAUUAUGCAAAAGAAGAGUUUUAGUUGUCAUCCACGUUUGAGUAAUCUACCGAUCUCUGCUGGGCCCUAUUUGUGUAAGAUUUUGGCCAAGGCUCUGCCCACAAGCUUACAUCAUACAUAUACAAAAGCAGGACAGUUGUCCCUCAGUAUAUCGUGGUUCACCUUUCGCGCCCUCACUGUUUCACAGAUUUUUUGUGUGAAAUUUUGCACUUUUUUUUUUUACAGUGUAUGAAUGUGCAUUGUGUUCUGCGUCCUGAUUGGCUGAAGGACUGUAGACCAUUGUCCAUCAGUCUCCUCCGUGCCGUGUCUCCUGUACAGUACAGAAUGUGUUCAGACAAAUUUACAUAAAUGUUGGAUCACAGUGUGACUCUGAAGUGCUGUAUGUUUGCAAUUUGUUUUCUCCCCGACAAAACCCACAAUGUCGAUGAAACGUUCUGCACCGACAAAGGCGCCUACGAAGGUUUCAACUUUCAAAUAAGAGAGAAAUGUGAGAAAAUGUUAAUGCCUGUCUGAGAAAAGUGUAUAUGUAAAACCCCUCACCACACACUUUAUAGUAUAAAGUGUGUGGUGAGGGGUUUUACAGCCUUAAAACAUAUAGAAUAACUGUAAAAAAUAAAGCUGACUACUUCGCUGAUUUCGCCUAUUGCGGGUUAUUUUUAGAACGUAACCCCCGUGAUAAACGAGGGACCACUGUAUACAAAACAAUACACUCCAGCUUCACAAACCUGAUGUGAUGUGCAGUAGUUCCAUUAGUGGGAUGCACGUUGAUUCUGUUGUGAUAGAGCUCUGAAGGGGGAGUGACUUAGCAUGGGGUGCGUCAAAAACAAAACUGACAGUUACUAAACAUGUUAAUACGUUGUUUUGUGCGAAUAUAACAUUUUCAAAACAAUAAAAGGAAACAUGGUGAUCUAAAUAUGUAACGUGUUACAGUUAAUACUCCUUAGAAUUAAAACACCUCUUUUUAAGAUUUCAUUCAUAAAUUGUGACUGAUUCUUGUGUUGUAAUGGCCCUGUUCUCCAUCUCCAUCCUUGAAUUUGGACAUGCAAUUUUAAAAUGUGAACACGACCUAAUCCUCAAAACCACUAGAAAAUGUAUGAAAUUCUCACUAGACAAAAUUUUGUGAAUUUUAUUUUAUUUUUUAAGGUUUAAAUGUGGCUUGUCUUUUACCUCCUAAACAUGUUCAGACAUGUUUGACCUGUGUUUACAUCACAUCACUGCCCCAUGAACAGGGGGUCUCCAGCUAAUGGGAAGGAGCGGGACUAAACCAGGACUAAACCAGGACUAAAUAGGGUGAACCAGGACUAAACUAGGACUGAACUGGGACCGAACCAGGACUGAACCAGGAUUAAACCAGGACUAAACCAGAACUAAAGCAGGGCUACAUUAGAUCUGUCCCGGUCCUUGCCCCUCUGUAUGAGACCCUCUGAUUGUGUUGCCUUUCUGUGCUCUUGGUUUCUGCAUUUGUGGCACUUUGCGAUCUCUCUGAAUGUACCUCCUCCAUAGUCCGUGAAUUUUAUCUGUAAUUAUAAAAAACUGGUGCAAAUUAAUGUUUCAAA